AUGGCUAACUGGGGCAUUGAAAUUUCAAGUCUGGCUCGGAAAGGCAAUGUGGAUAACCCAGAAAAUGUGAACAUCCAAGGAAAUCACAAUAACACAGAAAAUCUGAAUAAUCAAGGAGUACCACCUAUCAUACCUGCAAGACCAGUUCGUGAUGUGGCAGUCCCACUCACCGCAAAUCUAGCAUCCAGUAUUAGAAAACCUCCACCAGGGGGUAGAUUUGAACUAAAGCAGAGCAUGGCAGCCCGUUGGUGUGAGGUGUGUGGUGGUGGAAACCAUGAAGCUGAGCAAUGUGAGGAGAAUCCGGAUUCUGUGAAUUAUGUGGGUAAUGCGCAAAGAGACCAAGGCCAACAAAAUUAUGGUAAUAGUUACAACCCUAGUUGGAGGAACCAUCCUAACUUCUCAUUGGGGGGAAACCAAAACCAAAAUCAGUCACAAGGGGUGAAUCAAUACCGUACCCAAGGGGUUGGGCAGCAGUACCAAAAUCCCAACCAAAGUGUAAAUCCUAGUGCACCAAAAGGGGGGAUGACCAAUGAAGAGCUAUUCCAAAAGCUCAUGACUGAAAUAGGGACCAAGGUAAGUGCUAGAAUAGAUAAGCAGGAUGAGAACAUCAGAAACAUCCAAAUGUCUCAAAUGAGUUUGGAGAAACAAGUGGCGCAAGUAGCUAAUUAUUUGAACUUGCAUCCCCAAGGUGGGCUGCCCGGUGAUACUGAGCCCAACCCAAAGCAACUACAUGCGGUAAGUACUAGAAGAGGGCUGCAAUUACAUGAACUAGCUCCAAAGAAGAGAGACACUGAGGUUAGCACCAAAGAUAAGAAAGGGGAAGAGGUAGUAAAAAGCUCCAAUGUUGAGGCUCCCAUUCCUCAAAAGAAGUUACCGCCUCCAUUUACACAAAGGCUUAAAAAGCAGAAUGAAGAUGAAUGCUUCGGUAAGUUUCUUUCUCUCCUUAAACAGCGGUUCACAGAGUAUAAAACUGUAGCACUGACUGAGAAGUGCAGCUCCAGGAUUCAAAACAAACUGCCCAAGAAGUUGAAAGAUCCGGGGAGUUUCACUGUGCAGAUUACAAUUGGGCAAAGUGUCCAUGCCCGCGAACUGUGUGAUUUAGGGGAAAGUAUAAAUCUGAUGCCUUUGUCAUUGUAUCUAAAGCUUGGGUUGGGUAGUCCAAAAAGAACCACAGUUAUUCUCCAACUCGCUGAUAGAUCUAUUGCUAGGCCAGAGGGGGUGGUAGAAGAUGUGUUAGUACAAGUAUGUUCAUUAAUUUUUUUGGUAGAUUUUGUGGUAUUAGACUUUGAACCCGAUUCUAAAGUUUCAUUCAUCUUGGGACGACCUUUCUUGGCUACGGGUAGGGCAUUGAUUGAUGUAGCAGCUGGUCAACUAACUAUGAGGGCACACGAUAAGGUUGAGGCAUUUGAUGUUUACCGUCCUUUAAAAUUACCUUUUAUUUACGAAGAAUCGUCUGCUAUUACUGUGGUUGAUUACAUAGGAAUUGUAUCUGAAGACCCGUUAGAAAGAGUGUUAGUGGGUCAAGAGUUAGAGGGAGAUACUGAAGCUCAAGAGACUGAAUCAUACUUAAAUCUAGCAGUAGUAGAAACUCGUAGGACUCAAGUGGAGUCCUUAGAUCGCGAGUUAGGUUCCCCGCCAAAACCAUCAAUUGAAGAGGCUCCUAAGUUGGAGCUAAAAGCCUUGUCGGCUCACCUAAGGUACGCUUAUUUGGGUACUAAUGAAACCUUGCCUGCUAUACUUUCUGCAUAA